AUGACUGCCACAGAAAUGAAGAGAAAUCAAGGGAGCGAUGAACUGCCGUGUCUUAGUAAUUAUGCUCCGUGGAAAAAGCGUUUUUAUGAAAAGGUACAGCAGAGGUGUCUGGGUCUGCAGGAGUCAAAGGUGAAGAUGACUCGUGCCCAAAAGGCAAGAGAAGAAAAGGUAAAAAAGAGAGAACCUUGUGACUGGCUGUCCAAAGAGUGGUUCAGUGAAGAGAAAGAGUCACUAGAUACUUGCAUCUAUUUGCUUGACAAACUCCUGCCUACAUUAAUCCCAGGAGUGGAAAAACUGUUAAUGGAAGUGGAAAGAAAGAAUGUGCUUGCACCAGGCAAAGAACCAACUAAAUUUAACCCCAUUAAUUUUCUUGGAGAAUAUCUGAUGAGACAUAACCCUCAGUAUGGUACUUCUACAAAACCAGGCCCAUACCUGAGAGGAAUGAAGAUGGUUACAGAGGAGCUAAAAACUGAGAUGCCAGGCACAGCAUCAGAGAGGCUGGCGAGGAUGAGGUCUGAGGCAAAGAACAAGCGCGAGGAGAGGGAGCAGGUGGACAAUAUGAAGUCUCAGGUGAAAGAGAUGAGAAAGGAGGCGCUGGCAAUUCAGUUCAAAGAGUGGACAGCGGAUGUCAGUGGCAGAAUACCGGUUGCACUGGUUCAGAGUGCCCUGAGGUCUUUUCCAGAUGUCAUUGCUUCUACACCCAUAGAGGUGAGAAAAGGCAUCUAUGACAGGAAGCUGGAAAUCGUAGACACAUUGGAAAAAAAAGUAAACAUAGAUGAAUUCACAGAGUAUGUCCAUUCCUACACAGAACAUUUUUCAAAUGACAUGUUCCAAAAAGUCCUGAAGCAUCUCUGUCAGUGUGCUGAUGACUUCCAGGAAGCAAUAAGACAUGAUAUGUGGAGGCAAAUGUUUACUGAUCUCUUCCUAGAUUGUGAUUAUGCAAAGAUUGGUCUCUUAGAUAGACAAAAAAUACUUGCCCUGCUGGUACACUUCUAUGACAGCAGCCCGGUGAUUGCGAAGAGGGGAUUCUGUAACCCAAGACAGUGGCCAAUAAUUGAGCUGCAAGAGAUUGAGCUUGCAGAUUUAUGGGGAGGCCCUGAUGACCAGGAAGUUUGUGAGGAACUCAAUGAAAAGUUAGUCUUGUCUCAAACAGACAUUCCUGAGGGAGAGAUUUCAGCAUAUGAAGCUGUAGGUGAUAAUAGACAAUGCACAUAUAGAACGAGAACUAGUGUCAGAGAAGGUCUUUUUGAACAAAUGGCUAGUGAUUUGGAUGGAGAUGCAAUACAUAGUGAGGAAUCCAGUUUCCAGGAAGACAUCAAAACUGAGAGGCAAACUGAGUCUGCAAGUGCAGACGGACAGGAGGAAGCUUUCCCAGGAUCAGCCUCCAUUGGGCACAGUCUCAGUAGAGAUGGAGAACCCGGAUCUGAAAAGCAGGUGGAGGAAAAGGCCUUUAGCCUGGGUAGAGAGCAUGAUACAGACACAAACAGGGAAGAAGAUUAUUGUAUCUCAGCCAGAGAACCUGGCUCAGAAGGGCAAGUUAGUCAGGAGAAGGACAAUUGGAUUGCAGAGACAACCAACACAAUUUCAGGACCAACACCUGAAGCUACAACCAUGACCUCAGAAGACAAAGCUGUGGCAGACAUGGAUGUCAUUGCUUCAAAACAGGAUGCUCCAGUUGCAGAGGUUGUGAAAGAAACUCCUGCAAGAAAAGGGAGUUUUUCUAGGCAGCAUGGCAGCCGGUUUGGCCAACAGACAAGCUCAGAGACAAGACUGCAGGAUGAGGACCUUCUGCAAGAGCAGGGUGAAGACUUACAUCCCAUCAUGGCAGAGAUUCAGAACCGUUGGACUUCUGAUAGUAGGAGCGCCUUUGAUGAAAGCUGCCUCAACCUGCCACAGUUUGUACAGCUCUUGGAGACAUUUGUUGGUAAAGACAUUUCUCUGCCUACUGUGAAGAGGCUUAUUGCAUUUAUCAAAGAAGAAUACAAACAGACAGAAGAGGAAAAAAUGAAACAACUAGAAAAAGUUCACCGCAUCUCUCGCUUGGCCCAACGGAAACUGCUUCUGGAGGCACUUUUCAAAAAGUGGGACAAGAAUGCGUCUGGGUUUCUGGAUCUGGAAGAGGUGGAUGCUGUUCUAAGCACAUUCAAAGAAGGGAUGGAAAAAGAGGCCUUGAGGAAGGCAAAGAAACACUUUUGCUCCUGUUACCCACAGCUCAGCAGAGUGGGGAAACUAUCUCCAAAGGCAUUCCAGACUUUCCUUGAGUUAGUUGCUUCUGAGUUCAGUGGCGAUGAGGAUGAAGCUAUUGAUAACUUGGUGGAAUUUCUGACCAGAAGUGUGGAACGAAGUCACAUGGAGUGCCUGCAAAACUUCACGAGGAGGAAAUGGCUGCACAAUAUCCAGCAAGCAGCUCAGACCAGUGGAGCAAGCAUGGAACCAGUUUACAAAGCAGUGUUUAAGGCCCUCUCCCAGGAUGCAGAAGCCCAUGGGGAUAACAAGAAGAUCAGUGCAUAUAUUGCCCUUUUGGAAGAGAACCAGCUCUCACCAGAGCGGGGACAGAUUCUCCUACACUAUGUGGCAUGUACCGCAGACGAUGCUCCGUAUGUUCUAAACCAGAUACUUUACAGAGACAUGAAAGGAGUAAGCUUUGCAGCUGUUGAAGAGGGAAAGCCAAUCCAUGUUCCAAGAGUUCAGAUCCACGGAAAUAUCCACUUCUGGAACUAUGACCGUCCAGUGGAGGAGAGAAAAGGUUCGCUCCUCGUACUGCCAUUGCACGAUGCUCGCUGGAGAGUCUUUGGCAUUCUAGGACUUGACAAUCUUCGGGACCAGUGUGGGAAAACCAUCUUUUUGACCCAUGAGAUCAGUUUCUAUCAGGGAGUUUCUCAGGCAUUCAGCAAAGCCUACCACCAUAUCUGCACACUGGAAAACAUUCUACAAAUGACUGUUACUGCUCUGGAGUGGUUAUAUCCCAGGGCACCCAGCAUCCACGCUGUUAUUACGUACCUGGUGGAGCCUGGCAAAGACAAGACGUGUGACUACGCUCUGCGCAAGGUGAUUACUACAGAUAAUACAGGACAAAAAGAAAUUCAUAGCUCUCCUGUUCUCCUCAGAAAAGAAAACCUCUUAAGAAAUUACCUAUUUAACUGCGUAGACAGUUCAGAGGUCAUUCGCACUUCUGUCUGUGGAGAAUACCACAUUGCAGUACCUCUCCGUGACCUGUCAGGAAAAGCUCUUGGGAUAUUUGAUAUCAGCAUUGGACACCACCAGAAAUUAUCACCUCAUGAACACAAAGACCUGCAGAAAAUGCUAAAGAUGGCCCAAGCUGCCUGCUGCGAGAUACUGAAGAUAUCUUCAGAGGACAGACAACCAACCUAUAUACUGGAGGCAGAACACUUGCCAAAUUUGAGGCACGCAGGGAUUCUGUUCUACCGGUUCAUGCUGCAGGACCUGCGCGAGUGUGUCCAGAAACUUGAUGCUGAGAGCUUUGCUGAACUGAAGAGCUACGUGGAACCACCAGCUCUGGUGCAUAACAUAGUUAAGGCUGUGCUGUUGCUUUUCCAUCCAAACUGGAAGGGCUCAGAGAAGAUUGAGAACUGGAGUCAGUGUAUACUGAAACUUGAUGACAAUUUGAUUCAGGAGAUUUACUGCUUUGAUCCAACUGCUGCAUCUGUGCAAGUUCAAGCAGAGCUGCUGCUGGACUGCAUCACUGAGGUACCUGGAGCGGCGGUGCGGCAGCACGGCUCAGUUCCAGCCGAGUACCUGUACGGCUGGGUACACACCUGCCUCGCGCUAGCAGAGAUCACAAGAAGCCUGCGCAGUAAAAAAGCUCCAUUUUUAGCCCCCUCGGGCAUCCAGUUCUAG